AUGGAGCCGCAGCCAUCAAAACCGCAGCAGCUCUUGGAGAAUGAGAUUGAAAGUUGGGACAAUGAUGAGGAUUUCCUCGUGGAAGGCGAUGAGCUCUCAUUCCGCAGCUCUUUCGCCACCGCAGCAGGUCCUGCCAGCUCACUUGCCCUGUCAAGACCUCCAUCUCGGCGUCGUGAUUCUGCCUCAUCCCAUGUUUCGUUUCGGUCCGAGAUUGAAUCGGUGGCGGGAGAGGAAAGGCAGCUGUACUUACCUGGCGACGAUGAAACUUCAACCGUGGAUGCCAUUGCUGUUGCAGAGCACGCUGGCAUCCCGUUACCAAAGAACGUACCCCCCUCUGCCCUCAUGGGGGGCACUAUCAAACGACUGGGAGGUCGCAAAAUUAAAAAGAUCAUCCAGGAAGAUUGGGAAAACGAUUUGGAACUUCCAGACGCCUCCCAGGGGCUGAAUCUCAAGCGCAAAACCUACCCAGAGUUCCCUGAGACGCUUCGCCAGGUCAGCGGAGGCUCAAUACAGAGUGGCCCGACCAAGACUGUCAAUUCGCCCACGUGGGCUGAGCCAGAGCGGAGGCAAUCUGUGCAAUCAAACACCAGCGCUCUAUCGUCUGCGAUUAACCUGGACAGGUUCAAGGAUACAGAAGAGGACGGUGAAUUUUUCAAUGACGGGGCUGCCACCGUCAAGGCUUCCAGGUGCGGGCAGCCACCCCAGCCCGUGUCAUUCAUCACGCCACCUACACCGCAAAAGUCUCGAAAGGCCAAGGAGCCCGAAGAUGACUUUGAACUGGACUUGGAGCUGCCCUCGGACGGCAAGUUGCGAUUGUCCACUAGGAAGGACAUUCCAAAGACUCCGUCAUCCAACUUUGACGACCUUGACUGGGGGGAAGGCAGCUUGGGUACUCGAUACGGCGGCACACGACGAGACGGUCGUUCCAACAGAAGCUCUUCGGCGUCGGCACUGAGUCCAAGCAUUUCGAGCUCCAUCACGGCCGAGAGUGAAGACGAGACCUUUGACGGGCUCGUUCUUCCUUCUGGGCCUUUCAACUUGAAGGAUCGUCUUCAAAAGCGCAACAAGAGCUUUUCCCCAGGACGGAUCCCUGAGGAAUCGCCGGCCCCGGCCCCAACCUGUUCCGCCAGCAAGCCUGCACCGGCCGCAGCGGAUCGUGACGACUUCUUCGACGACCUCGACAUUGGAGACGGCAACGUAUUCGGCCCCGGAAAACUGACGCUGCAUCGCAACGUUAAACUGAAGGAGGUCCAAACGGCCAGUCCCGCACGCCCCAAGACUGCCGUUUCCUUGACCUUUACCAACAAACCCACCUCAACAACCAGGCUCCCCCGGCUAAACCAUGAACGAGCGCACUCGACCUCGCUGGAGCCAGUGUAUGAGAGCAGCGAAACCGCCACUGCAUGGCGCAACCGUCGCUCUCACUCGCGACUAGGACACUCGCAUCAGUCUUCUGUCAGCAGCCUGCCUACACCAACAACAACGUCACCUGGACGGCAGUUUCCCCUCUCAGCGCCCGCGCCCCGUGGCAGCGGACGAGAGGUCGGCUCCAGGUCAUCCUUCUCGUCCCUCAAGAGUGAAUCGUCGACCACGACCAGUUCCCAGCUCCUGAAACAAAAGCGUUCUCUGCGAGGACUCAGCGCGCAAUCAUCCAAGCCAAUGCCCCACCGGCCUUGCGAUCGCCCGCCGUCGAGGAACGAGACGUGCCGGCCACAGUCUGGCUUGCGACCCAAGACACCGGUGGAGCGGCAACGCUCAGGUCUGACCGACAGCCCUGGUUCGCUGGUUCGCAAACCGCAGCCCUUUCUACCCGCCGGCGCAUCUCUAGGGAAAUCCCAGCAUGUCGCGUCCAAGACACUGCGCCAGUUUCGGCGCCAUGAUUCGGACAACUGCAUCGACAUGCGACCGAUGUCCCGGUCUUUUUCCAGGUCUGCUGUCCGAUCACCUAGUCCUCAGCGGUAUAGAGUAGCUGCCGACACGUGGGAGCGCCUGAGCAAGCCCAAGAACAAGAGGCACUUUGGCGACGGACAUGAGCUGGACGGUUUCGAUGAUUUGCCGAUCUCGCGAGAAUCCGAGACGAGGUUCCUAAAGCAGCCCAUCACAAGCGGCAGCAAGGCCACGAUACGAAACAGGCUGUAUCAGAAUAUCCUGCCCGACAGAACAGCCACGCCAGCGCCUUUGACACCAUGCCUGACAGCAAAGACGCCCACCACCACCUCCACCACCACCACGACGCACACGCCUCGCUUUGCGCGUGACACGGCGGCAAGUCGAAUAGCGCGAGAGACGUCGUUGGCUCAACGCGCACCAAGCCAUGGGUCUCUGUCUUCCAUUGCUGCCCAGCGAGAAGCUCCUCUUGGACCUAGCCCGAACAUGCAUCACCACCACCACCACCAACAGCAACAGCAGCAGCACUCCGCUCAUUUGCCUCAAGCCUCUAUUCGCUCCAAGAAAAAGACAAAGCGCCCACAGCAGCUGAAGCCGCACCUCAUUUCGAACCUCAACUCUGGAAAGGAGUCGAAAGUGGUCAAUGGCAUGUAUUACAAUGCCGACACCUUUCGAUGGGAAGGCAACGACAAUGUGCUGAAGGCGUUUGAUGCCGCAGCAGCGACGCCAUCAACUGCCACGGGCUCUAGCCAGGUGGCGCGGGAGAAGGAGGUGUGCACUCCACGUCCGGCUCUCAUCACCAACAUCAGCGCUACAAAGGGCGUCCAGGUCGUAAGCGGCAUGGUGUUUGACCCACAAGCCAUGUGCUGGUUGAAGUUGGGACAAGAGAGCAAGGCUAGAUCGGACGCGAGCGACACCAUGGAUGGUUUUGACGCUCUCAACGACGAGGAUGAAGAUGUUUUCAAGGACAUACCGGAUCUGGAAGACAAGCCUGCCGAGGAAGAAGGGGGAGAAGGCGGUGGACGGGUGAGCGACGUCAAAGACGACUGGCUCGUGGGGGAAGAGUUUGACGUUGGCCCCGAAUUUGUCCGAAGACAAGGUGAAGAGGAGGAAAGAUGGAGAAAGAAGUGCGAGAAGUGGGUCGCUCGCGGGCCACGGGAUCGGGAUAUGUGGCGGUGGACGAUUCGAGAUCUCGUGUCGCAAUUUGACGAGCUCCAGAUGUAG